AUGACUUCCAGAUCCACCAGAACCAGUGUCUCGUCGUCGCAUAGUCGGCUGCAUCUUCCUGCGUCGCCUGCACCUAUGGGCUCAAGCACUGCUGGCUACUCACAAUACAGUUCCUACGAGUACUCGACUCGCCCUCGUACCGCCAUCUCGACUAUCGGAGUCGAGUCACAACAGAUCAUCUGCGCUGUGAGCGAAUCGCGUGGCAUAGCCCCUACCGUCGGACUUACCUUUAUCAACCUGGAUAUGGGCGAGGCCGUCCUCAGUCAGAUCCCUGACAGCCAAUCCUAUGUUCGCACUCUGCACAAGUUGGCAGUCUUUAGUCCUUCUAAAAUCUUGAUCCUGGACACAGCGGCCAAAACGAAGUCCAAAUUGUUUUGUCUCAUCGAAGAGAACCUAGGCGACUUGAACAGCAACUUGAUCCUCCUUGACCGUCGCUAUUGGGCAGAAACUACUGGUGUUGAAUUCAUCGAGCAAUUUGGCUUCAUCCAAGAUGUGGACAGUAUCAAAAUGUCCGUCGACGGUAACUACUUCUCAGUGUGCUGCUUUGCCGCAGCCAUGAAGUUCAUCGAGCUUGCUUUGAACAAGACCUUUCCGCCACACUCUCUAAGAAUCAGGUAUGAAGCAUCCGAAGGUUCCAUGAUGAUUGACCUUUCCACCAUUCGCUCUCUUGAGUUGAUCCAAAAUCUUCAAAACCAAAAGUCACGCGACUGUCUCUUCGGCGUUCUCAAUGAGACUUUGACACCUAUGGGUUCACGACUUCUGCGAAGCAAUGUUUUACAACCGCUUACUGAUCAACACACGUUGGAGACACGUUACGAUGCUCUUCAAGAACUUUCGACCCGGGAGGAUAUGUUCUUCGCUACAAGAGCAGCGCUGAAGAGCAUACUUGAUGCAGACAAAAUCUUGACGCAGCUAAUCAUCAUUCCGACCAAGCCGUCUUUACAGUCCACUGAGCAAAGCAUCAACCAAAUUAUCAUGCUCAAGCAAUUCGUGGCCAGCAUUCAGCCUGUCUACGAGGCUUUGAGCGGGUCAAAGAGCGUCAUGCUGAAAGAGAUUCGACGUGAGCUCAUUGACGAGUUUAUCAACGAGGAUAUCACCUAUGCGAAGCAACCACUCGANUCUGGGGUCAAUGGCUUGCUUGAUGUUGCUAGGCAAACUUACAAGGAAGCCAACAUGGAUGUUUAUCAGCUUCUUGACGAACUACAAGAGACUCACAAGCUUCAACUGGAUCUCAAAUACGACAGUUCAAGGCAAUACUAUUUCCGCCUCAAUGCCUCGGAACUCGAAGAUCGAAACCUACCACCAGUAUUCAUCAAUGUCAUUCGCAAGAACAACAAGGUGGAGUGCUCGACUUUGGAUUUGCGAAAGCGCAGCCAAAAGAUCUCCGACUCGCACACUGAGGUACUGCUAAUGAGCGACAAAGCUAUACAAGAGUUGAUCAGCGAAAUUCGAGGCUACAUGUCGGUGCUCUUCAAGGUUUCGGAAAGUAUCGCAAUGCUGGACGUGCUUUCAUCNUUUGCUCACAACGUCACCCUACACGACUACAUUCGUCCUCACAUCACGCAGACACUCGGUAUCAAAGCUGGCCGUCAUCCUAUCAGGGAGAAAGUGCAGAAUACUCCAUUCAUUCCAAAUGAUGUGUUUGCCACGCAGCAGUCGCGCUUUCAGAUCAUUACAGGAUGUAAUAUGAGUGGAAAGAGCACCUAUAUCCGUUCGAUCGCUCUUUUGUCAGUGAUGGCUCAGAUCGGUUGUUUCGUGCCAGCAGAGUUCGCUUCUUUCCCAAUCAUCAAGCAAAUCUUUGCAAGAAUCUCCAUCGACGACAGCAUCGAAGCCAACGUGUCGACCUUUGCAUCAGAGAUGAGAGAGACUGCCUUCAUCUUGAGAAACAUUGACAAGAAUAGCUUGGUGAUCAUUGACGAGCUGGGUCGAGGAACAAGUCCACGAGAUGGACUCGCUAUAGCUCUUGCGAUCGCAGAGGCUCUGGUGGAAAGCCGGGCGUUGGUCUGGUUUGCAACACAUUUCCGAGAUCUCGCAAAAAUCCUAGCUGAACGUAACGGAGUCGUCAACAAGCACCUGGCAGUAGACAUGUCUGAAGCUGACAAGAUGGCCAUGCUUUACAGACUCACGGAUGGCGUAGUUUCUGAACAACAUUAUGGCCUCCAACUGGCCAAGGUCAUGCCGCUCCCACCCGAUGUAAUCGAGUACGCAACUCAAGUGGCAGAGAAGUUACAAGCUCAGGUGGAGAGAAGGAAAAAAGCUUCCAAAGCUGUCAUCAUCGGUAGGAAGAGAAAGCUAAUCCUCGGUUUGAAAGAAGAAUUGAUGCAUGCCUGUGGUGGUGUGAUGGAAGGACCCGUCCUCCAGAGCUGGCUUCAACAACUCCAGCGCGAGUUCGAAGUACGCAUGACUGCGAUUGAUCGAGAAGCAGAUGAAGCAGAUCUCGAAAACCUCGACAUGGAUGUUGACAUGACGGACUUUGAAACCACAUAUCAAUUGCCGGUGAGAAGUCGUAGUGGUCCUGAGGAUAUGAGCAGCCAGGGUGCGGAGUCGACGAUUGAAGAUGAUAGUAAUAUCACGGACAGAUAUUGA